CUGCUGGAAGAAGAAGAAGAGAGGGAGAGGAGAGGAGAGGAGGACUGAUAUCUGCUGCUGAAAGCCUGUCUAAGCUUCUGGAAGCUUCAGGAAGAUGCUCUCUGGAAUCUAACACCAAAGCUGGGAGAUCAUGCUGACUUUCGAUGAGCCCCCCUCCACCCAGACCAGCAGCCCCUUCAGGAACAGCUGGGCCACCAACCAAUUAAAUGUCAAAUGUGUUAAAGCAGAGCCCUGCAGAGCCCUGGAGGACACGUUAGAGUCCCGGGGAGAGGAGGACGAGAGGCACGGUGGCGAGGAGGACGAACAGGAACAAGGUGUGAGGAGAAGGGGGUCUCAUAAGAAAAAGUUUAGCCAGGCACGAAUGGACCGGGUCCGACUGCGGCGCAUUGAAGCAAAUACGCGGGAAAGAAACCGCAUGCACAGCCUGAACAGCGAGCUGGACAUACUGAGGAAAGUAGUUCCGUGCUACUCCAACACGCAGAAACUCUCCAAAAUAGAUACACUCCGCCUUGCUAAGAACUAUUGGGCCCUGAGUGAGACUCUGAGCAUUGGGAAAAGGCCGGACCUACUCACCUUCGUGCAGACUCUGUGCAAGGGUCUCUCCCAGCCCACCACUAACCUGGUGGCCGGCUGCCUGCAGCUGAACGCCCGCAGCUUCGUCUCGGAGCCCGACGGGGAGGCUUUCCCCUUGUACCCGGGGUCCUAUAACCACCCCCGCGGGCCUGAGGCGGUGGGCUCCGGCUCGGCGGAUAGGCCUCCCCGGUCCUUCGGCUCUUUCUGCGGCCCUGCCCUGUAUGACAGCCCCUCUCCGGACAGCCCCCCCGAUGCAGGGGUACUCAGCCCUCCUAUGAACUUCAACGGGAUCUUCUCCCUGAAACACGAGGAGCCCGGGGACUACCGGAGCUGCCACUACGGCCUCCGGUACUGCUCCGUCGGCCAGGGCUCCUCCGCGGACCCGUAUGACAUCCACCUCCGGAGCCAGUUUUACCAGGUGCAGGAGGACUUAAAUAAACCUUUCCAUAAUUAAUAACGAUAGAGAUGUUGAAUAAAAACAUUUAGAAAUGAUAUUGUUGGGGGGCGUGCCUAUUGUUGCUGCCUCCUGUUGAACAAUAGUCAAUUAAUCUUAUUUAAUCUAAUUAAAUGUUCGUUGUCUGGGGAUAGCUGUGGCAGACACACACUCACACCCCCCCCCCCCCCCCCCCCCCCCCCCCCCCACACACACACACACACAUUUGCCAACAUUAAUUUGUGGUUUGUUUGGUGGUUUAAUCUUUACUAAAAACGAACCACAGCGUAAUAACACAAAGUAAGGCACAGGGACCUAUGCAAUCUGCAUUUCUCAUUAUUUAUUAAUUUAAUAUGAUAAUCAAUGUUGUUUUCCUGUGUGAAACUUGUAUUGGAAAUAGGGUGUAAAUAACGAAUUAUAUGUGUGUAAGUGGGAAGCUGGAGUUAUUCCCACUGUAUGUAGGCGUGUUGUGGAAUGUGCAGCCAUUAGGCCCAUUGAGUUAGAUAUUGGUGGUAAUAAUGUCGCAUUACACUCAGGCCUUGCCAUAUUUCAGAGAUUCCUCUACGACUAAAUAAAGCAGAAUAACAAAAAUAAUUACCUAGGAAUUAAAUGUAGAAGUUUGUUUUUUGCUCUAGCUAGGCCGACAUAAGAAUGUGCUGUUGACAUGUGAUGUGAUAUCAUGGUGAUUUAUUUGGCCCUCAGUGGGUGUGGCAGCUGUUUCUCUCUUAUUCUUUUUUAAAAUGGAUGAGUCUUGCCUUAAUUGGGAUCAAUGACAGGACUAAUGAAAACGUGUUUGUCAGUAAUAUUGGCGUUUUAUUGGCAAAUUGAUGUCAGAUAUUAAGUCGAUUGUUGUGGAUGAACUGUUCUGGUGCACUUUGCUUUAUUCAACUUUGUUUUAUACAACAAAUAAAACACAAGUUAAAACCAAUGAUGAAAGUAUAUGAGAUAUUCUUAAUUUAUGCAUGUUGUUCUUAGAUUUUUGAAGCAUCAACCAGUUGUUAUGAGGUAUUGGUGCUGUUUGAAGAACUUAUAAGGCCUAUUAGAGAUUGUAUUUAUCAUGUUGAUCCUAUAAAUCAGGAGAGAAGUUGACAUCUUGAAUAUUUGUGUGUGCAUAUAUAAAUAUAAAUGUAGCAGCACUCGCAGUGUUUUGGCUUGCAGGCUGAUUUUUUUGCAGAUAAAAAAAAACACAUUUGUAACAUAACCCUGCUCUGAAUAUAGCAACAAAAAAAUGAAAAGGUUCAUUCAUUUGUAUAAAUGAACAUCCAACAAGGCUAUGAGAAAUACAUGUUUACAAAUGUUCACCGUCCAACAUAAAUUUCCAGAUUUGGGGAUUUUUUUUUAAUUCAUCGUCAGAUUUACUGAAUGAUAACCUGCCUUUAUGUGGCAUGAUAAGAACAUCCUAUCAAAACCUGCUGCAUCUAUUCCAACUCUGGUACUCUUUGUUCUUAAAAAUAUAUAUUAUAUUUGGGGUUAAAUCAUGUCUGCAAUUAUAACACACAUUUGUUUAAUAUAUUAAAACCAAAUCAGUGAAGUACCCGACUGUAUCCGACAAUGGUUGAUUAUGUGCUGAGAGUGUGUGUCAAGCCACCGUAGUUAUUUUUCACACUUGCCAGUACUUCAUCUUCACACCUUAAAUAUCUCACUAACAUUAGCUGCAAGGUGCCAGCUUGAAUAGUCAAACCAAAUAACACGUUCUAUGAAAUAAAUCCCGCUCUGUGCAUUUGUGGUUGAUCUUUUUGUAAGCAUCAAAUAAAUGUACAUUCAAAGGAAA